GGUCUAAAGUCCUCGGUCACGGUGAAAAUCGAGGAGGGGGAACACUUUUUUCGUCUCAGCAACAAAGUAAGACGUAUAACAGUCGUCUUCCAGCAAAAGAUGCCUGACUUAGGCGGAAAGGUAGCCAUCAUAACAGGUGCAAGCUCCGGAAUCGGGCAGGGGACAGCUGUGGAAUUUGCCCAGCUGGGAGCGCACCUGGCUCUGACUGGGAGGAACCAGGAAAACCUGCAGGCCACAGCAAAGGCCUGUGUGGAGGCAGGGACUCCGCAAGACAAGGUUCUGCUUAUAACCGGAGACAUCUGCGACGAAGAACUGCGGAAAAACCUGGUGGAUCAAACUGUGCAGAAAUUCGGCCGGAUAGACGUGCUGGUGAACAAUGCCGGCACUGCCCACCUGGCAACCAUAGAAACAACAGACAUGGCGGAAUAUGACAAACUCAUGAACGUGAACGUGCGCAGUGUGGUGGCGCUGACUCAACUGUGUGUGCCACAUCUCACUGUCACUAAAGGUUCCAUUGUAAAUGUGUCCAGCGUUAAUGGAUUGCGGGCGAUUCCGGGGCUCCUGGCUUCCAAUAUGAGUAAGGCAGCGCUGGACCAGUUCACACGAUGUGUGGCGCUUGAACUUGCUUCCAAGCAAAUCAGGGUCAACUCUGUCAACCUCGGCGCGUUCCCAACACAAAUUCUGAAACGGAUGUCUGGCCUGGACGACGAGGGAGUCGCACAGAUGUUGGAACACAUGAAGUCCUUACACGCCUUGGGGAGGAACGGGGAGGUGUCUGAAGUGGCGCGGACCAUCGCCUUCCUGGCCUCGUCAGACGCGUCCUUCAUCACCGGGGCCCAGGUGCCCGUAGACGGCGGCUGGCACCUCAAGUGUCCCCGUUAAAGGCCCUGCAUGUAACGCUAGUGCACCUUUAUCCGCGUGGUAACCUAUAUACGUUGUUUUGCAUUAAGGACAUAUGAAGUCAACGAACGGUACAAUAUUUUGACAAUAAUAAGAAAAUAUUGCAAUUUGAAACCACCGUCCGUUGACUCAAUGUCACUAAAUGCCAACACAACAGAUAUAGGUUACCCCCGCAGAGAAAGCGUUAACUAGUGUUAACAUACUGGCCACGAAAUUGAAAAUAUUCUUAAGAAUAAAACGUUAAUGUAAAACCCCAA